AUGAAUCCUGUGGUAACAGAAUGGGGUGCUAUCGAGUCCAAAUUAGCUGAACUCGUUAUGGAACACUUGUUCGCUAAUAGGACUGGUACGGCACCUCGCUUUGACUCUGGUGAAAUCCACCGGGGCUACAGGGUGAUCAAAUGCAUGGACGAGUUCUCAAAGGACUUUCUUAGCAAAUGCAUCGCUAAGAUUAGCGACGCAUGGGAUGGUUUAAGCCUCAAACUGAUCCCUGCUCAAGAAAUUCCAAUGAGACCGCGUGCACGUAUUUGGUUACCGAAGAUGGCAACCGAUGCACAUAAAAUGUUGGAGUGUUUAAAGCUUCAAAACCCCAACAUCCACAUGGAUGACUGGUCCAUCAUCCGUACUGAGCAAGGCGAUGGCCAUACAUGCCUUAUACUCGCCAUCACCGAAUCUGGCUCAGUCGAGCUUGAGAAGGCGGGCCUUAAGCUGUUCUUCGGAGUGAGGGACGCUAAGGUUAAGGUGUUCCGGCCCUCAGGUACGGGUAGCGGUGAAGCAGAUGAGGUUGAAGCAGCAAACUCUCUGCUCACAGAAAUGAAGCUAUCCGAACUCCCACCAAAAACCGACAAUGGCGCUCAAGGUAGUGCAGAUUAA